UGCUUUCCCUCAGCCUCUCAGAUGUGAGCAUUUUAGGAAAAUACGGAGAAGAACGGAUGGAAUACCCUCUGAGAUAUUAAAAAGUGUAACAAUUUGGCCUGCUGCAGAAUUAUGGUCCAACUAACAAUGCACCUCAUUGCAAAAAGUAUCAGUCGCAAGAAUGCCAAAGAAGAGCCCUUUGCACAGUAUCUGCGAAGAGUAACACAUCUGAAUUUAGCAGAUAAAAAUAUAGAUACAAUUGGUGAUCUUUCUUUGUGCAGAAAUCUUAGAGUUCUAUAUUUAUAUGAUAACCACAUCAGUCAAAUACAGAACUUGGACUUUGCUACAAAUUUAACACACUUAUACCUGCAAAACAAUUGUAUUUCAUGUAUAGAAAAUCUCUCAUCACUUAAACAUCUUGAAAAACUGUAUUUGGGGGGUAAUUGCAUCACAGUAGUAGAGGGAUUGGAUAAAUUGGAGGAAAUAAGGGAGCUACAUAUUGAAAGUCAACAUCUCCCUCCUGGUGAAAAGCUUCUGUUUGAUCCAAGAUCUCUCACUUCACUUGCGAAAUCCUUGUCUGUGUUGAAUAUCAGCAGAAACAACAUUGACGAACUGGCAGAGUUAGCAGUUUUGGAGAAUAUUUCCCACCUUACAGCAGUUGACAAUCAGCUUCAAAAUAUGAAGGACUUGGAGGUGGUAUUAAACAAAUGGACCAAGCUACGCAGCAUGGAUCUUACAGGGAACCCUCUUUGCCACAGACCAAAAUACAGGGACAGRAUUAUAGUAGAGUCACAAACUUUAGAAUCCCUUGAUGGGAAAGAAAUUAAAGAAAUGGAAAGACAAUUCCUAAUGAAUUGGAAAGCCUCCAAAUGUGCCAGGAAAAAAAACAAAGAAAGAAUGACGAAUGAGCACACAGCCUAUAUAGGUUUCUAUGAGUUUGAAACACAUCAUCCCACUCUUCCCUUUUACUACAGCCCACCUGUGAAAGAAAGGUCAAAUUCUUUAAUUUUGUCUGAGAUAGGUAAAGAUGGAAGAAAACUUCUGCCAAGAACUUAUGAAGAA